CGGGAGGGAGAUCCGUUGUGGAGUUACGGGAAAGUUGGUCCGAGUUUCCAGUUUCCCUCUGUAGUUCCCCAGUGCCCUGUUCCCGGUUUCCCUCAGGCUUUCGCGGUUCACCCGGUCCCUCUCUCUGCCGCCGGCCGCCAUGGAGCAGCCACCGGCGCCGAAGAGCAAACUAAAAAAGCUGAGUGAAGACAGUUUGACUAAGCAGCCUGAAGAAGUUUUUGAUGUAUUAGAGAAGCUUGGAGAAGGGUCUUAUGGAAGUGUAUUUAAAGCAAUCCAUAAAGAAUCUGGCCAAGUUGUUGCAAUUAAACAAGUGCCUGUUGAGUCAGAUCUUCAGGAAAUAAUCAAAGAAAUUUCUAUAAUGCAGCAAUGUGACAGCCCUUAUGUUGUAAAGUACUAUGGCAGUUAUUUUAAGAACACAGACCUUUGGAUUGUUAUGGAGUACUGUGGAGCUGGCUCUGUCUCAGACAUAAUUAGAUUACGAAACAAGACAUUAACAGAAGAUGAAAUUGCAACCAUUCUAAAAUCUACAUUGAAAGGAUUAGAAUAUUUGCACUUUAUGAGAAAAAUACACAGAGAUAUAAAAGCUGGAAAUAUUCUUCUCAAUACAGAAGGACAUGCAAAACUGGCAGAUUUUGGAGUGGCUGGCCAACUAACAGAUACAAUGGCAAAACGCAAUACUGUGAUAGGAACUCCAUUCUGGAUGGCUCCUGAGGUAAUUCAAGAAAUAGGCUAUAACUGUGUUGCUGACAUCUGGUCUCUUGGCAUUACUUCGAUAGAAAUGGCUGAAGGAAAACCUCCUUAUGCAGAUAUACAUCCAAUGAGGGCUAUUUUUAUGAUUCCUACAAAUCCACCACCAACAUUCAGGAAACCUGAACUUUGGUCUGAUGAUUUCACUGAUUUUGUUAAAAAGUGCUUAGUGAAGAAUCCUGAGCAGAGAGCUACUGCAACACAACUUUUACAACAUCCUUUUAUCAAGAAUGCCAAACCUGUAUCAAUAUUAAGAGAUCUGAUCACAGAAGCUAUGGAGAUCAAAGCUAAAAGACAUGAGGAACAGCAGCGAGAACUGGAAGAGGAAGAAGAAAAUUCGGAUGAAGAUGAGCUGGAUUCCCACACCAUGGUGAAGACUAGCUCAGAAAGUGUGGGCACAAUGCGGGCUACAAGCACAAUGAGUGAAGGGGCCCAGACCAUGAUUGAACACAACAGCACAAUGUUAGAAUCUGAUUUGGGGACCAUGGUUAUAAACAGUGAGGAUGAGGAAGAAGAAGAUGGAACUAUGAAAAGAAAUGCAACUUCACCACAAGUACAAAGACCAUCUUUCAUGGACUACUUUGAUAAGCAAGACUUCAAAAAUAAAAGUCAUGAAAACUGUAAUCAGAACAUGCAUGAACCCUUUCCUAUGUCCAAAAAUGUUUUUCCUGAUAACUGGAAAGUUCCUCAAGAUGGAGACUUUGACUUUUUAAAAAAUCUAAGUUUAGAAGAGCUACAGAUGCGGUUAAAAGCAUUGGACCCCAUGAUGGAACGAGAAAUAGAAGAACUUCAUCAACGAUACACUGCAAAAAGACAGCCCAUUCUGGAUGCAAUGGAUGCUAAGAAAAGACGGCAGCAGAAUUUUUGAGUCUAAUUUUUCUCUGUUUUUAUAGCUACUCUCGAGACCAAGAAACCACUAAGAAUUGAAGGAAUAUUUUGACUUUUUUAGUCCCUAAGAUGUAUGUUCUUCAACUAGGCAAAGGUCAAAAAUUUAUGAUGGUACAUACCUAGGUAAUUUCCCAAUGGAUAGAAUUUACAAUCAUACCCACUGUGCUUUCAGUUUUAAAUGAUGAGGACAAUAGAAAUGUGUUCUUCUUUUUUCUCUUUCAGCUAUUAUUCCAGCAAUAAAACUAAUCUAAAAUGAAAGCUAUAUUAAAGAGACCUUGAAAAUCCAAAGCUAUUGUUUUACUUGUACAGCACUGAAGGGCUUUAUGUUACAAUAUUCUUUAUUCCCAUCUAGAAGCCUAUUUAUUUUAUCCCCUUAGCUAGAUUUAUUUAUUUAUGCUAUUUCACUUUUUGUUUUAAAAAAGACAACAUCAAGAUAGCUUUGGUGAAGGUGGGAACAUACUAAUAGGUUAUAAUGCACAACCAAAUUAUAUAAGCAGGGGACUGUGAGUGCGUCCUUAGAUUUCCAGGACAGCUUUUCAGUAGAAACUAAUCAAAAAUAGCAGUAGUACCCAAAUGGACUAGAUCCUUUUUAUAUCGAAGCAAUAAUUCCAUUUUUACCUUUUGAAAUUUUAAAUUUUUGAUUUUGAUACAAACAUAUAUAUGUCAAACAGAAGUGUAAUAUUUAAAACCAAAGAAAUCAGUGGCCUUGAAAAAAUGUAUGGUAAAUAUUUGAAGAAAUGAAAUCUUAAGAUAAAUGUGAUUUGUUAACAUUGUUUCAUGUUUCAUGUGUAAGUCUGAUAGCUAAACCAAAUCAAACUGUAAUAAGCUCAUCAAGUUUAUUUCUGUGAAAAUGUGCUCUAAUAUCACAGGCCGUUAGUUGGUUUCAUUUAUUUCCUGGGAAUUGGUAAACACCAUGUGCCUGAGAUAACACAACAGCAAAAAACAUUUGUAUUGAGCUGUGCAAGCCUUGGGAACUAAAAAAAAUGGAAAAAGAUUAAAACCAUUAAAAAGAAACUCAUUUGUAGGCUGAAUGAACAUCUGCAUAAUUGUACUGGGACCAGUUGUUGACUAAGCUGUAUAUGGCCAUCUUGACAGUGUUUGUCCUUUUGUGUGUUUCAUUACAAUGUGUAAGUCAAAAUGACAAAUAAACUUUACUGUUCUAUCCAGCA